GCCGGGGGGUGCGGGCUGAGCUCAUCGCUGGCUCCCCGGCGCUCCUUACCAGUGGCUUCUGCGGUCACAUGGGUUAUGUGCUGGAGUUUAAAAGAGCUUAUAGCCCCCGAGCCGGUGCAGAAGCAGCCGGUGGUUGCAUGGGGUAGCGCCGGGAGCGGCGGCAAGGAAGGCGCCGAAGCCAUCUCAGCACCUUUCCCCUGUGAAGACCCGGGAGUGCACAGCGUCCUUCUGCGGGGACCUCCCCACCGCCACCGCCAGCUCUAGCCUCCGCUCGCCUCUGCUUCCCUGCAAGCGUGAAGCCUCCAUCCUCUCCGGCUAUCGUGGCAGCCCUUCUGCUUUCCUGAGCAAAAUCCCAGAUCUGAGAAGCGAGGGUUGGACGAGCAGCCAGGAGAAUCGCCCAGACGUUUAUGAGAAGUUGGGGACGCCCCAAGGACUCUGGACUGGUGGAGAAGUAAGAGAUGGCUAACCCUGUGCCGUCAGCGUGCUGCGUGGUGCUCGCCGUCGUGGUGGUGGUAUACGCCCAGAGGCACAGCCAGCUGGAGAGCCACACCCAGUACGAGCGGGUAGGUGCAGACGUGACCAUGAAAUGUGGCUCCAUGGACUGGGACGCAGCCGUGACCUGGACAGCCAACGGCACCGACAUCGACGAGUCCCACCUGAACGGCUCCUACCUGGUCCUCAAGAACGUGGACCUGUCCCAGAGCGGCCAGUACUCCUGCUACGAGGGCUCCUCCUGGCACCUCAAAUACCAGACCAACCUGAGGGUGGGAAUGCCCCCGAAGGAGCCAGUGCUGAUGUGCCGGUCCAACAACUACCCGAAGGGUUUCUACUGCAGCUGGCACCUGCCCACUCCCACCUACAUCCCCAACUCCUUCAACAUCUCUGUCAUACACGGCACGAAAGACAUGGUGUGUGAGAAGGAUGCCGUUCCCAAAAACAGGUGUCACAUCAGAUACCUCCAGCUCUUCUCGACGGUGAAGUACAAGGUGACGCUGACAGUCACAAAUCCUCUGGGCAAAAACUUCACCACGCUCACCUUUGACGAGUUCGCCAUAGUAAAACCAGACCCUCCGGAGAGUGUGGUGGCCAAACCUGUGCCAAAUAACCCUCGAAGACUGGAGGUGUCAUGGCAAAACCCCUCAUCGUGGCCUGACCCUGAGUCCUUCCCACUGAAGUUCUUCCUGCGGUACCGGCCCCUCAUCCUGGACCAGUGGCAACACGUCGAGCUGUCGGAUGGGACAUCGCACACCAUCACAGACGCUUACGCUGGCAAGGAAUACAUCAUCCAGGUGGCAGCCAAAGACAACGACAUCGGCACGUGGAGUGACUGGAGCGUGGCCGUUCAUGCCACCCCCUGGACAGAGGAGCCCAAGCAUCUCACCACGGAGGCCCAGAUCACAGAGACAACAAGCGCUAGCACCUCCUCUUUCAUGGCACCACCCACAACCAAGAUCUGUGACAAGGGGGCCGUGGUGGGCAGCGGGGCCAUGGCAGUGUGUUGGACAGCUGGACUGGUCGUGGCUGCCUAUAGUGUCCUCUUUAUUUAAUUCCAUCCGUCCAUCCACCGCCGCCCAGCGCAGCCGCCUCCCCGCCGCCCCCGCCGCCCCCGCCCCGCUCCCGGGUCGAGUCUCUUCGCUCUUCGAUUUUGCACACAUUGAGGACGCACCACGCUUCUCGCCGCCACUCCGGAGGAGGACAGAGCUGCUGCCGUCCCCUGGGGGGCCGCAAAAUCCCUCUGCCGGCCCGGAGCGAGGAGACAGACGCCCGUCCGUGCCCCUUUCCUCCGCCGAGGGGAGCGAGCCGAGGGUCCCGCUCAUACAGCUAAACCCCCCCACGCCAAAGACGUGCCCGCCGCCCCCGCGGCCGCGCACCGAGAAAAGGGGAUAUGAAAACGGGGGGGUGGUGAGGGGAAUGAUGCUCCAAGCUGUUGUACCCCCUUAUGGCAAAAGGGGGUCCCCCAAGGACUGGACUCGCUCCCCUGAGCUCUCCACCGCGUGGCGAGGCUGGAGGGGUGCACGGAUCGGGGCGGGGGGGGUCGGGUCUUGGUCCUCUCCGAGGGGGCGGUGGAGGGGGGACCUGGUGGCUUUCACAAGUGCGAUGGGGAGCAGGGAGCUGGCGGGGUUUUAAUGGGAUUAAAAAAAAAAAAAAAAAAAAAAAAAGGAAGUGAAACACCGGUAAAACCCCCCUGGCCCUUGCCGAGCGCCUGGGAGAGCUGUCCCUCCACCUCCCCCUCCACAGCGCCCUGCAGGAGCCUUCGCCACCCCCAGCCCCGACCCAACAUCACCCCCAAACUUUUAACCGUGUUGGAUACAGGGAAUCACCCCCAUUGAUGUCUUUGUCUCAUUCUCCAACAAAAGCAGAAUAGCUCUGCUGUUGCCUUUAGAGCUGGAGCCCUGCAGACCUGUGCCCCGCUGUCCCUGGCUGUCCCCAGCUGUCCCCAUGCCUGCUCUGCUCUCCUCUCCUCCCCAUCCUGCCCGAAGCCCUGUUUUGUAAAGACACCUCCUCUUGGCCCUGCCUGGACCCAAGUGCAGUAUUUAAUACCAUACGUCCUAGUAUUCCCACUGUUGACAUGCUGUAUUUGAAUUUUUUAUAGAUGUAUAUAUAUAAAAAAAAAAGAAAAAUAAUCAAAAAAAAAGUAAUAGAGGGGAUAAAACUAAGCUCACAGAGACAACGCACACGCACACACACACACACACACGGACACACACACAUACCAGGAGAGACUGUCUUCAUUAAAUGUUCAUUUCAUGAUGA